AUCUGUGGCGCAGCAUUGAUGUUUCGAGCAAGCCGGCGGAAGCACGAACUUUUACUACAGCUCACGACAUAUUUAACUCUCAUACGGCACUUUCAUUGCACGUGUGUUUUUAGUCAAAAUGGCUAAGUCAAAAACUACAAGAAAGAAAGGAAAAGUUACGAAGAUGACAAGUGCUACGGUAGUUGUUCAAGGAACAGAGGAUGACGAAGAGGAGCUUCAUCAGGCGCUGACAGAGGAUGUAAUCAGUGCCAGUGAGGAUGAGGGAGGCAGCGAUGAUGAGAGGAAACACUGCAGACUCCUGGAAGCCAUCAGCUCGCUGGGGGGGAAAACAAGGAAGAAGCUUACGGAGCGUUCGGAAGCAAGCAUCCAGGUGUCAGAGUUCACAGUCAAUGCGGAAGGGGAAGGAGACAAAAUCAAUUUGUCGGACCUCAUCGGAACCUUGGAUAAAGCCCCAACUGCCUUAACAGCGACGAAGAAGCAGCUGAAGAACCUCGAGCACAACCACACUGCCCUGGACACGCCACUGACCAGGAAGGAGACCGAACAGAUCCAAAGGGUGGUGGCUUUUGAGAAAACGUCAAAAGAGGUGUCCCGCUGGCAGUCUGUGGUGGUUCAGAACCAGAAGGCUGAGCAGCUGGUGUUCCCUCUAAACCAGGAGCCCUCUGGCCCCAAACGCAUGGAGCAUGUGGUGUCUGGAUGGAAGGCCCAAACUCCCCUAGAACAGGAGAUCUUCAACCUCCUGCACGUGAACCAGCAGCCCCUCCAUAACCCUGUCCUAACCCAAAACGAGGAGGCCACUAUGAAGGCCAUGAGUCUGGAGGAGGCAAAAAUUCGUCGCGCAGAACUCCAGAAAGUCAGAGCUCUACAGUCUUACUAUGAAGCAAAAGCCAGACGGGAAAAGAAAAUAAAAAGCAAAACAUACCACCGGGUUCAGAAGAAAGUCAUGCGUAAGGAGUAUCUGAAACGGUUUGAUGAAAUGGUGAAGACAGACCCGGCUGCCGCCUUGGAAGAACUCAAGAAGAUGGAACUGUCAAGAAUGAAGGAACGGAUGUCUCUGAAGCACCAGAACAGUGGCAAAUGGGCCCGGUCGAAGGCCAUCAUGGCAAAAUACGACGACGGGGCUCGCAAAGCCAUGCAGCAGCAGCUGGAGGUCAACAAAGAUCUGACCAUGAAGUUGGUCAUCCCGACUAACGAAGAAGACGAGGACGAGGUCGCAGAGGCCUUGCCUGACUUUGUGAACGACGCUGAGCCCAUCCUGGACCCGAUUAAUCCUUGGAUGAGGGGCAAGCUUUCCACAGAGCCUGCGGCGCAGGAGGAAAGCAACUGCCUGGUGCCUCCUGCAGCGGGGCCCGGAGAUGUGAAAGCAGGGGAUGGACCGGACCUCCUCCGAGAGGAAGAGGAGCAGGUGGAAGAAACUGAAGAGGAAGCCAUUCUUAGAGGCUUUGAGGAGAGGCGGAAAUUGCGUCGAGCUAAAGACGCUGUGGAGGUUGCCCCUGUGGUCAUGGAGGAGAGCGAGGCAGAAAUGCCAACUGGGAAGAAAGCUGAAAUGGUUACGAUAGAGAGUUCUGAUGAUGACGACGAGGUCGUUGAGAUCUCAGAGUUCACCAGCCUCUACCGUGGGCUAGUGAAGGACCACGUGGAGCCUCCAGUAGAGCCUCCCAGGGCAGGGGCAGACCCAUGUGUCAGCCAGGGGGAGGGCCCUGCCCUGCUGGAGGAGGGCCUGGUGCGGGUUAGGACCCUGGAGGAUAUGGAGCUGCUCGGUCAGGAUGUGUCUGCCUGCGAGCCGGCACCUCAGACCACCCAGACACUAAGCACAGAGCAAACAGAGCCUCAGUCUGCAACCAAGCAGGCAGAUGGAAAGAGAAAGAGGAAAAAAAUGAUUGAUCCCAAUGAGGUUUUGACCAAGGAAGCAAAGGUCAUCAAAGUGCCGUUUGCUCCAACAGCCGUUGAAGAUGUUGAGGACACAGAUGAGCAGAGGUUUAUCAUUAAAGAGGCCUUUGCUGGGGAUGACGUCAUCUCCGACUUUCUGAAGGAUAAAAAGAAACAAGAAUCAGCGGGGAUGCCGAAGGUUGUCGACCUGACGUUGCCAGGUUGGGGAGAGUGGGGGGGUGGCGGUCUCCAGCCAUCUCGGAGCAAACGCAAAAGAUUCAGGAUCAAAGUUGCACCACCACCGCCAAGGAAAGACCAAAAGCUCCUUAACGUCAUCCUCUCAGAGAAGCGGAAUUCCUCCGUUGCUGCACACCAGGUGAGUCAGGUAAUGUUUCCAUUCACGAACCCUGCACAGUUUGAGCGCACCAUCCGCGCUCCUGUUGGACACACCUGGAACACCGGGAAUGCCGUGCAGAAGAUAACAGCGCCAAAGAUCGUGACCCAGUUAGGCGCCAUCAUUGAGCCAAUUUCUCGGGAGGAGUUAGUAAAGGGCGAAAACCAGGCUGUUACAGGGAAGUCAAAUCUGAGGUCAGACCAAGGCCCUCAACAGAAAAGACGCUCACAGCAGAAGAAGAAACACAAACACAAAAAGAACUGAUUGUCCUCCUUUAAAUGUCUUAGACUCACUGUUCUUGCUACUUUGUAAGGAAAGCAAGUUGACCUCUAUAGGACUGGAGCUGGUACGUCUGAUUUAACAUGGAACCGUAGUAAGAUCAUGACCUUGUGAAAUGUAUUGUAAACCUGAAUCUGACAUAUUAUCAACAAAAUAACAGGUAAUCAUAAAAUCUGAACAUGACUAAUCCAAACACCUCUGGGGUUGUCAUUUUCUAUGAGUUAUUGGUCUUAAAGUUAUUAAUAAAACAUUGAUGUAACA